GAAGGGUGCACCUUUCUCUUUCUGUUUCUUUCUUUUUAAAUUCAUUACCUUUCCAUUGUAUGCAUUACUUUUGAGUAGGAUAACAAUAUAAUCACCAAACUGGGACACUUUUGAGAGAUAAGGGGGAUGCUGUAAAUAAUUAUGUCCGGGAAUGGCUAUGAACUGAGACAUAUGGUCACCUUACUUUUGAAGGACAUUCUUCUUUAUUUACUUGUGAUAUCUAUCACCUUGCCUGAGAAAUUGGACACGUUAGUUAAUGUUUGCAAACUUUCUAUUUGUAGAAGCUUCAUUUGCAGUCAAAUGCUGAGUGUCUUCUGCUUAGUCACCCAUGGCUUCUCUAUCCAGAGGCCUGUGGGCCGCUCUUGGCCAUGCUUAAUUUUUCCUAUUUUCAUUGCUUACAAGAUAAUGUCACAGGACUUUCUGUUUGUUUCAGCGGGUUGUAGCUGGAAGCAUUAUAAACUCUAGCCUCUGCUCUGUUUAAUUCCGUCUGUUUUUCAGUGCAGCAUUUGGUCCAUCUUGUAAGAAUUUCACUGGGAUUCUUUUCCCUCUUGCUGACUGACCUUUUUUGAGAGGAGAUCCACUGAUAUCUUGCCAAGCCUUCAUGUUCAAAAUAUUGGCCAGAAUCAAUUGCAAGUGAUAGAGACUUACAGGUUUUUAAAGUAUUCUAAAAAUGUUAUUCGGAAGAUAUAUAUUUUGGGGACUUUCGUAUAACCGUCUUUAAUGGGAGGUGGAGGGUAAAGCCCUUAGUGUAAUUUUUUACUAGAUUCCUUUAUAGGCAAUCUCUUCAAGAAGGUAUAUUUUUAUGCUAGUUUCUGGCCUUGUUUUUUUUAUUUUUUAAUUUUUCCUCUUUUUCACCAUCUUCAUCAGCAUUAUCCUCUUCUGAGCACCUGUGUACAGAUAGCGUGCAAUUAGGCACAGAAGGGUGGGCAGAGUCAGAAAUGAGUCAACAAGGAGGAGUAGAAUGCAGCUCCUGCACCUUGGUUUAGCCCAGCGUCUCACUCCCUUGGACUGUGUGUUUGUAUUCUAUUUUUGGCUUGGCACUGGCAUCAUAGGGAUAAUCAGUGACUACACUUUGUUUACUAUGAAAUUACCAACCAUUUCCUAGACUGCCUCAGCAGCUCCAGUGCAGGAGGUGGAUAAUUACUCUAGGGCUCCUCGGCUUUCAAAUCCAGAAUGAAGUUUUAGGUUACUUUUGCUUUUGGGGUUGAAGAAAAUGUUGGAGAACAUAUUUUUACAAUGCAUUUAAAAGCUCGCAAAGAAGACUGUAUCACCAAAUACGUGAUGCAGAUUAUAGGAAAGUUUGAAUGAGAAGUUAGAUUGUUUUUUAAAACUAGUCUUUAUUUAGAAUUAGAACAGAUUCAGACUUUUCUCAUGUUCCUGCUUCUGAGUUUUCAAUCUAAAUCUCUAAAAGCCUAAAUGAAAUCUAUCUCACUUUGUGAUAGAUGUAGCCCUGAAAAAGUAAGUGGAAAUAUCUAUCUGUAUUUGCUAUCCCAUCAUAUAACCAGCAAGUAUUGGUUGCUACAUUUUUUCUCCUGCUUUAUAAUUUAUGAUUUAAAAGAAAUCUUAUAAGCUUUUAGGAGAAAGAGUUAAUGAUCUAGAAUGAUUUUAUAUAAGACUGUCUACUUGGAAUCCUAACAUUUUUCAAGUUGGAAAUAACCCUAGAGCUAGUAGUUAAAAUUACCUCCCUUCAGCCAUUUCACAAUUGAGGCAAUAAAGCUUUUAAAGUGCCUCCCCACACAUUUAGAAUAGGAUUCCAUUUACAAUAGCUAAUUAAUAUACAUUUUUUAGGAACAUGAUUACUGUGUAAAAAGCUACACACCCAGGCUUAUCAUUGAACAGAGGCCACGUGUGUAUAAAGCUGUGUCACUGGGCAUUGGGGUCACAUGGAUUGGGUUCAGAUUCCUGCUCUGACUCUCAAAUAGUAUUAAUUGAUCAAACCCUUUAAAACAGGGAUAAUAUUUUCCUCAUGGAGUAGUUGUUAAGAUUAAAUGAUGUAAAUUGCAUAUAGCUUUUGACAUAUAGAAGGUGCUCAAAAAUAUUAGUUUCUUUUUUUUUCCCCUUCCCCCAUUAAAAAUCCACUUACUUAAAUAAGAAAUCAAUUUGAACCUUAUAACGUUAGUAUUGGGGAAAUUCUUUGGGGAUAAUUAUAUUAAAUAAAAAAUUUUAUUGUUAGAUAACAAUUUUUGUUACAUUACAGUUCACUUUAUGUUAAAACCAGAGGCUUCAUUGGUGGAGUAGAACCAAGUCUUAAUUAUCUAGGUUUCUUGGUUACCCAAUCUGAAAAUAGUUUGUGGCAAAAGACAUGAAAGGGAGCAUGUCUGUAUCGAAAUCUAAAGAAGUUCCAAAGGCUGAUAUAAACAUGUUUAUGUUCAGAAUGACAGUUCUUGGUGCAUUAACUCCUUCUAGUUUCUCAAGCUGAGGAAGCAAACAUCUUUAAUUCAGUAAUUAUCCAUUUCCUUUGGAGGAAACUCUUCUGUACUGGUAAGGAAGUAUCUGGAGUAGAGCUGAAAAAUUAUUAUGCCUGUGUUCUCUUGGGACUCAUUGGAAAUUGUACAGUGACGUCUCCUGGGAUUUAGUCUGGAGUGUGCAGACUGGUGCCUAAAAUGGAAGUAGAUGUUAAUGGAGAGCCCAGAAGUGCCCUGAACACCCUGCCCUUGCCCGUGGCCGAGGCCGGCUCCCCGGGAAAGGCAGAGGCGGAGAAGCCCCGCUGCUCCAGCACGCCGUGCUCGCCGAUGCGCCGGACUGUGUCCGGCUACCAGAUCCUCCACAUGGACUCUAACUAUUUGGUUGGCUUCACAACUGGUGAGGAACUCCUGAAGUUAGCCCAGAAGUGCACAGGAGGUGAAGAGAGUAAGGGAGAAGCCGUGCCUUCCUUGCGCUCCAAACAGCUGGAUGCAGGACUUGCACGUUCCUCUCGUUUGUAUAAAACCAGAAGUAGGUACUACCAGCCAUACGAGAUCCCAGCUGUCAAUGGCAGGAGGCGAAGGCGGAUGCCCAGCUCAGGAGACAAGUGCACUAAAUCUUUACCUUAUGAACCUUAUAAGGCCCUCCACGGGCCGCUGCCUCUUUGUCUUCUUAAAGGUAAGAGGGCUCACUCCAAAUCUCUGGACUACCUCAAUCUAGAUAAAAUGAACAUCAAGGAGCCAGCUGACACAGAAGUGUUACAGUACCAGCUUCAACACCUAACCCUCAGAGGGGACCGUGUGUUUGCUAGGAAUAAUACAUGAAUGAUGAGCAGAGUGUAAACCAGUUUAGGUCAGCCUCCACUUGGCUAGAUAAAUCCACUGUUGUACUCUGUACAGGACUCUUCACAUUAUAGAUGGUUAUAUCAGCUAAGUGUUCCUGGAACAUACAAAUUGUUUGGAUCACAUUUUGAAUACAGGAAUGAAAUCACAGGUACUCGGGGGGAAAUCAUUCUAGAGCACGUGACUGCAAAGAAAACAAUGUUGACCAAUAGUUUGUAUAGCUUUUUAGCUGGGAAAAUAAAGGCUUUGGUCCAGUAAUAUCAUCUUUAUGAUUCUGACACUCAAAUUGGAAAUGUUAUCUGCUUGGUUGUUGCUGACUUGGUAUGAUUCAUUAGCAAUUUCUAUCUUAAGUACUCAAGUACUUCUUUAAUCUCUGUAUUUUACUAUAAAAUGUAUGUAAUGAUUUGUUUUAUGAAAUUUAGAACUUGAACAUGGCUGAAUUGGACCACUUUUUAUUUUUAAAUAUUGAGUUUAAAUAUUUUAUAACUGGUUUUGCACUGAAAAAAUUAACAUUUCAGACUGACAAGAGAAUAAUCUUUCUUCACUUGCCUCAAUAAUAUUAUUGAGCAAUGAAUUUUUUAUUUCCGCAUGGAAAGUUAUUGAUCUCGAUGGCUGUAAGAUAUUUCUUUAUAGCGUUAUUAAAGUGUGUCUUAAUAAAAUUAAAUUUGGGAUACAAAGUAUUUAUUUUACAAUGGGUGGGGGGAAGCUUUUCCAGAAAGUUUCCGAUAUGGAGUUUUCAUAAGUUGAAAAAGUUUCCUUAGUGCUUAUUUUCUAAUUUAAAAUUCAUCUGGAACUUUAAAAUGGAAAGGAUUCUUUUAAUUGUGGAUUAUAGGCAUAAUACUGUUUGCAUCUGAAUGUUCUGUAAGUGAAUGGAACUUUAGUAGAGGAAUUCAUGAUUUCUACUAUCGAAUGCUUAAACUAGGUAUGAAGUGAUACCAUUCAGCAUGGCAUUGGGUCAUUCCAGUUUUAGUUCUGUGCAGGACAAGCACUCAUUGAAAUUCCAGUUUCUAGGAUUAGUGUAGGAGCCUAAAGUGCUUCUGCAGUUUUAAUGGGUUAAUCCUGGAUUACUUAACAAUUUAUGUCAAUUGCACUGGUUUAAUUUGUUGCUAAAGAAAUAAUGCCCUGGCUUUAGUAACAAAUACAGCUCAACUAUUCUUGAAUAUAUUUUGAAAAAAAAUGUAUGUAACUUACCUUUUGUAAAAGUUUCUAUUUCUUUUUUUUCUUUUUUGACUCUUGAAGGUGCAAUUUAUUACUGAAUUGGCAUUUCUGGCAGCAUAGAACUGCUUCUUUUAAAUUUUAUUUUGGGGGCUAUGAGUUUCUUAGGUGUUAGCAAUCUUGCUUAUAAAAUAAGAACACCUUUUAAUUAAUGAUUGGGUCAUUCCUGGUACAGGUGUGACUUUUCUUUAGCCAGAAUGAAUGGCAAACACUAUUUAGAGCAGAGUAAGUAUUAGAAAACCCUAGGAACUCUUAAUCAACAUUUAUUAUACUUUCUCUGAGGCAAACCAUGUGAAAGAGCCUUGGGGAAGUUGACCCGUAUCUUACUGAGUUGAUCAGAUUUCUUGGUGGGCUGGAAAUUUUCAGCUGUUGUAUAUUUUAAAGUAAAUUGCACCUUUGUAACAUAUUGUAUUGACAAAUGAUCACUAAGAUUAACUAUAUCUAUACAGUCAUUAGUUUGACGAGAAAUAGAAUCCUGUCAGAUGCCAAAGAGUUGGGAUUUUUACGUUUAAUGAUUAAACACCGUUAUUUAUUGAUGAUUUACCCUGUGGAACUGUAUUAUUUCUAAUUAUGAAAUAAAAGGGUGAUGUAAACACA